GUGUAAUCGCUCGGCAGAUUAUGGUGCGACAGGACGGGAGUGAGGUGGCAGCUGGCAGGAGAGGACUCCGGUACAAGAAGUAGUGACUCUCUAGCCGUGUCGUUUGUGAGCAGGACACGCUGCCUGUACUUCGAGGAGGUGCUACUUUCAUUGACAAGGUCUUGUGCUAUCCAGCGCUGCCAUGUCGGCGAAAGCCAUCUCAGAGCAGACAGGAAAAGAGUUCUUGUAUAAGCAUGUCUGCACCUCCGCGGCCGUGCAGAACCGCUUCCGCUACGCCAGUGUCACUGCUGAGACCGACUGGGACCGCCUCGCACAGGAUCAUCCAUGGCUGCUAACAGAGCGGCUCGUGGUAAAGCCAGAUCAACUAAUCAAGCGACGUGGGAAGCUCGGGCUGGUGGGCAUCAACCUGGACCUGGAGGGUGUCCGAGAGUGGCUCAGCGGCCACCUCAUGAGAGAGACCACAGUGGGAAAGGCGAAGGGUGUGCUGAAGAACUUCCUCAUUGAGCCUUUUGUUCCACACACACAGGAGGAGGAGUUUUACGUGUGUAUUUAUGCCACGCGGGAGGGCGACCAUGUGCUCUUCCACCAUGAGGGAGGAGUGGAGGUGGGCGAUGUGGACGCCAAGGCCCAGAGGCUGAUGGUUGCAGUGGAUGAAAAGCUGAGUGAGGACCAAGUCACAGAGCAGCUCCUCACACAGGUUCCUGAUGAUAAGAAAGAAGUCCUGGCCAGUUUUAUAGUGGGUCUCUUCAACUUAUAUGAGGACCUCUACUUCACCUACCUUGAGAUCAACCCUCUUGUCGUCACCCAAGAUGGAGUGUACGUCCUCGACAUGGCAGCCAAGAUUGAUGCCACAGCAGAUUACAUCUGCAAGGCUAAAUGGGGUGAUGUUGAGUUUCCACCACCCUUUGGCAGAGAAGCAUAUCCAGAGGAGGCAUACAUAGCUGAUCUGGAUGCAAAGAGUGGUGCCAGUCUGAAGCUGACCCUGCUGAACCCUCGUGGCAGGAUCUGGACCAUGGUGGCUGGAGGAGGGGCUUCAGUAGUGUACAGCGAUACCAUCUGUGACCUAGGAGGGGUGGAUGAAUUGGCCAACUAUGGCGAGUACUCUGGUGCACCCAGUGAACAGCAGACCUACGACUACGCUAAAACCAUCCUCUCUCUUAUGACCCGGGAGAAACAUUCUCAAGGGAAAGUGCUGAUAAUCGGAGGAAGUAUCGCCAACUUCACCAAUGUAGCAGCCACGUUCAAGGGCAUUGUCAGGGCCAUCAAAGACUACCAAGGUCCUCUGAAAGAGCAUGAAGUCACCAUCUUUGUUCGACGUGGUGGGCCCAACUACCAGGAGGGGCUCCGGGUGAUGGGGGAAGUAGGGAAGACCACAGGUAUUCCUAUCCAUGUGUUUGGGACAGAGACCCAUAUGACAGCCAUUGUAGGAAUGGCUCUGGGCCACCGGCCAAUCCCUAACCAGCCCCCGAUGGACGCACAUACCGCCAACUUCCUCCUCAAUGCCAGCAACAGUGCAAUGACUCCAGCUACAACAAGGACAGCUUCUUUCUCUGAACCAAGGACUUCUAAUGAUGUCACCCCAGCCAAAAAGUCUAAAGCAGGUCUUCCAGCAGACUGUCUUCAUUCUAUACUGUGGCCUCUGAAGAAUGUGGUCACAGGCGAUUGGAAAGAAGCGCAAGCCUCUUCAGGCUGCAGCGGAGCCAAAGCCACCACACUCUUCAGAAAGCAGACCAAAGCCAUGGUCUGGGGCAUGCAGACACGUGCCGUGCAAGGCAUGCUGGACUUCGACUAUGUAUGCUCCCGGGACGGACCCUCUGUGGCAGCCAUGGUGUACCCCUUCACUGGGGAUCACAAGCAGAAAUUCUACUGGGGACACAAAGAGAUCCUGCUGCCGGUCUAUAAGAACAUGGCCGAUGCCAUGAAGAAGCACCCUGAGGUGGACGUCCUGAUCAGCUUUGCUUCACUGCGCUCAGCCUUCGACAGCACAGUGGAGGCCAUGCAGUACCCACAGAUCCACACUAUCGCCAUCAUAGCUGAGGGCAUCCCUGAAGCUCAGACAAGAAAGAUGAUCAAGAUGGCUGAUGAAAAAGGCGUCACUAUCAUCGGCCCCGCAACGGUUGGAGGCAUCAAGCCGGGCUGUUUUAAGAUCGGCAACACAGGUGGCAUGCUGGACAACAUUCUGGCUUCUAAACUUUAUCGUCCCGGCAGCGUGGCAUAUGUGUCGCGCUCUGGGGGCAUGUCCAACGAGCUGAACAACAUCAUCUCCCGCACCACAGAUGGCGUCUAUGAAGGUGUGGCCAUUGGAGGAGACAGAUAUCCAGGCUCCACCUUUAUGGACCAUGUCCUUCGUUACCAGGACACUCCAGGGAUCCAGAUGAUAGUGGUGCUGGGAGAGAUUGGAGGCACAGAGGAGUACAAGAUCUGCCAAGGCAUCAGAGAGGGCAGGAUAACCAAGCCCGUGGUGUGCUGGUGUAUUGGAACCUGCGCCACCAUGUUCACUUCAGAGGUUCAGUUUGGCCAUGCAGGGGCUUGUGCCAACCAGGCCUCAGAGACAGCAGUAGCCAAAAACCAGGCUCUGAGGGACGCUGGAGCUUACGUACCAAAAAGCUUUGAUGAGCUGGGCGAUGUCAUCAAGACUGUUUAUGAUGAACUGGUGGCCAAUGGUACCAUCAUUCCUGCUCAGGAGGUGCCUCCCCCAACAGUACCUAUGGAUUACUCUUGGGCCAGGGAGUUGGGCCUGAUCCGUAAGCCAGCCUCAUUCAUGACGAGCAUCUGUGAUGAGAGAGGCCAGGAGCUCAUCUACGCUGGCAUGCCCAUCACUGAGGUCUUUAAGGAGGAGAUGGGUUUAGGAGGAGUGCUUGGCUUGCUUUGGUUCCAACGCAGGUUGCCGCGCUAUGCCUGCCAGUUCAUUGAGAUGUGCCUGAUGGUGACUGCUGAUCACGGGCCUGCCGUCUCUGGUGCACACAACACCAUUGUCUGUGCUCGUGCUGGCAAGGAUCUUAUUUCAAGCCUCACCUCUGGCCUGCUCACCAUUGGAGAUCGCUUUGGAGGUGCUCUGGAUGCAGCUGCAAAGCAGUUCAGCAAGGCAUUCGACAGUGGCAUGCUGCCCAUGGAGUUUGUCAACAAGAUGAAGAAGGAUGGCAAGCUCAUAAUGGGCAUCGGCCACAGAGUCAAAUCAAUCAACAAUCCAGACAUGCGGGUGCAGAUUCUGAAGGACUUUGUUAAGCAGCAUUUUCCUUCAACCCAGCUACUUGACUAUGCCCUAGAUGUAGAGAAGAUCACCACUUCCAAGAAACCCAACCUGAUCCUCAAUGUAGAUGGUUUUAUUGGUGUUGCCUUUGUGGACCUGCUUAGGACGUGUGGAGGCUUUACACGAGACGAAGCUGACGAGUUUGUGGAGAUCGGUGCACUAAAUGGGAUCUUUGUCCUUGGACGUAGUAUGGGCUUUAUUGGACAUUACCUGGACCAGAAGAGGCUGAAACAGGGUUUGUACCGCCACCCCUGGGAUGACAUCUCCUACGUGCUCCCUGAACAUAUGUCCAUGUAGUCCCCACAACACAGAAUGGGACGCACUUCCAGAUGUGACUGCCCUAACGGGUCAGGCAGCAUUACACAUCACACUUAACGUAUAUAUGUACUCUCCGGUUAUGACAACAGCUGCCUUGGGAAAACAGGGCAGGAUGAUUCUGGAAAGUAGCAGCACUGUUAGACUGAGGGGUCUGGGUAGAACUUUUGCGCUCUAGUUUCUACGGAGAAAAAAGGGGAAGUAUUUUUUCAGAAUUUGUUUUUCGGCAAACUAUUAGUAAGAGAUGUAACUUAUUCCGUUUUUACAGCCAAACCAAUGCAAGCUGCAGCAGUUGCAGGAGCACAAAAUUAGUUGGUACUUAAAAAUAGCAAAUAAAACCUGUUUUGCGUAGUUGGUACGGCGGCAGGAUUCAAAGCACAUUUCAAUCCUGACUCCUGCGUUACGCCAGUCUGAUUAGUUUAAUCUACAGUAAUUUGUUCAGUAAUAUGUUUUUUUUUUUUAUACGACUCACAAUGAUGAACAGAAAUUGAUUCAUUUAAUCAGCAUUUGCCUGUUUUAGGCCACAAGGAAGUGUGUUUAAGUAUGCUUUCUGGCUUUCUGAGUAUUGCACCUUAGUUAUAAACACUAGAUGUAAUAUCUGUUUUAAAUUCCUUGUCCAAGUUUCACUCCCACUAAGAAAGAUUUUUGUUUUUUUGUCACCACAAGAGAAACCAAAGUUAUUUUUAGGAUUUUCCUUUUUGUCUUUGUCAAAAGAAAUUUUUUUUUUUAAGGGUCCGGUGGUUGAUAUAACAGAGCUUAUCCAGAUCUUAUGUUUUUGGAAAGGAGGCAUCAUAAUGGGAAAAAGAAAUUAAACAGAUGAUGUAGUAAGUGUCGUUCCACCAUUGCCUUUCCUAGACCAACCCUGGUUCUAAACUAGUGGUUGAAAGUCAUCAGCUACUGUAAAUUUAGGUACAGUUUUGAGGUGUUCAAGUCUUUCACAUCAAGUAUGAAUUGAACUACUUGUGUUGCUAUUCUGAAUAACUGUCAGAAAACAGGAAAAUGUAGAAGCAUCAAAAGGGGACAAACAAAAUGCUUCAUGAAUGAGCCCUGUGAGUCUUUGAAAGCAUCUUUUGGCGAGGGACCAUGAAAGCAAGUUUGCUUUACUUGGAAAAAGUCAUUGCACAUAAUACGGAUGUUGGCUCUGAGAAAUGAUUUCCAACUUUCACUUAAGACUUGACACUCAAAACACUUAGUAACCGCCCACUGUACGGCCUGCUGUGUUUGAUCUUUGUUUUGCUGUUUUAAUUUAACUGUGAAAAAAAGCUUUGUUUUUUGUAAUAUGCUGUCAUAUAAUGGUAUAAUAAUAAUAAUAAUAAUAAAGAACUUCUUGUUUUACUUUUAA